AUGUACUUCCGUAGUAAGGCGCAGUACCGUAAUGGUCAGUCUCCUUCCACUUCAAACAACCGAAAGUUCUCUGAACGACAAUAUCGUCAUUACAAAAACCGUAUCGCGUCGCCCUCGCUUUCAUUAGAGUCGAUGUUCUCUCGUUCGCUCCCUAAUUUUCCCCCUUUCUUCCCACUUCCCAGUCCGUUGCAACUGCGCUCCACUGGUAAACUGGCCCUCGCUCGCAGCGCAUAUUGAGCAUGCUCAGCGACAAGAAGAAGACGAUGUUUCGAGCGGUAAAUACAUGGAAUUGUAAAAAAGCUCAAAUAAUAAAUAGUUUUUCAGAAAGUGAAAAAGAAAAUGAAGACACAGAAAUAGAAGAAGUUGCAAAGUUCCAUGUGGAAGACGCCGUCAAUCUCGAUGAUCACUGCACAGAAACCACGUCGACUAAAAGAAGUGAGUGAAUGGAAUGAAAUUUUCAAAUUUUGAACAUAACUAUUAAAACUUUCUAUUGCAGAAAAGCUUUGGAACUUGCUGUCGUUCAAAGAUUUAUAUCGAAUUUACUUUCUCAGCUCAUCGGUCACAACAAAAACAGGUGAAUUUUCCAUUUCAAAAUAAUAUUUGUAGGCGAGAAUUGCAUUUUCAGCCAGACGUUUUUUUUUCGGGCAGAGCAAGCUGUGAACGAACGGAUUAUGACGUUUCUGGUGGAAUCAACUCAGAUCAAGGACAUCAUCUGCUGCUCAUCUUGUGCAAAAGGAGAAUACGAGUAAGUUACUCAAUAACGUGAGAAGCUAGUUGAAAAGCACGGAUGUUCCUGUAGAAAUAGAAAUGAAAUCGUUCUUUCUUUAGUAUUGUGUGCGCAAACUCCCGUACUUUAUAGGGAUAACGAUUUUUUUCCAGAUGUCAAUGCUCUCCUUCUUUCCGAGCAGCGCAUUUAUCGAUUUCUGACACGGUCGACUACGCUGUGA